UUACAGAAAAUCAAAGAAAACUAAGGGGGAAACUUUAAUUGAGUCAUAAUUUAGUGGAAGCAAUGUGGAAAAAGAGAAAAUAUCUACCCAAAUGGAUUCCAGCCCACUUCCCCACCUUCAGAUUUUGUCAAUUAUGUCCAUGAGCCUAGGUCUCUUCGCCAGUAAAAUGGGGGUAAUGAUAUUCUGCCAGCAGGAAGAAAGAACCUGCCUGUCAACUUUCUGAACUUCUCCUCCUCGGUAUCGAAUCUAUAGGCCUGGAUCAGUAACCGUUCCUGGAGACGGAGCUGCCUCUGGAAGCUUCUUUCUGCCAGCUUAGAUUUGCCUGAAAGCCAAUGCCACCUGGCCAGAGGUGGGGCUCGGGUCACCAGAAGGGAGCCACCCGCCGGACGAGUCCACGCCACCGGGUGGGGGCAGACACCCUCUCCCAGACUAGUCCUCCUGACUUUGUCAUCAAUAAUUCAUUAAGAACCUCCUCUCCAUUGGCUAACGCCUCCAGCCUCUCUGGCAGAGGUCCAAUGAGGAAGGACCUGAGAGAGCCUUUCUGAGAGCCCGUGACGUUGCGUCCAGAGAUUGGCUGUGGCGACGCGAGGCGGGGCCGGCUCGGGCUUGGGCGAGCACGUCUGGGAUGGCUCAGUGAGAGCCCGGGAGUGUCGAACCCAGAGCUGGGUGCGGGCGCUGAGCGGCAAGGGCGGCAGGAUGUUCAGUUGGUUGGGGCGGCAGGCGGGCGGGCGCGAGCGCGCGGGCGGCGCGGACGCGGUGCAGACGGUGACGGGCGGCCUGCGCUCGCUCUACCUGCGCAAGGUGCUGCCUCUGGAGGAGGCGUACCGCUUCCACGAGUUCCACUCUCCGGCGCUGGAGGACGCCGACUUCGAGAACAAGCCCAUGAUCCUGUUGGUGGGUCAGUACAGCACCGGCAAGACCACCUUCAUCAGAUACUUACUGGAGCAGGAUUUCCCAGGCAUGAGGAUUGGUCCGGAGCCUACCACCGAUUCCUUCAUCGCUGUGAUGUAUGGAGAAACUGAGGGCAGUACCCCAGGGAAUGCUUUAGUCGUGGAUCCCAAAAAGCCAUUCAGAAAACUUAGUCGCUUUGGAAAUGCUUUUCUGAAUCGGUUCAUGUGCUCCCAGCUGCCCAACCAAGUUCUGAAGAGCAUCAGCAUCAUUGACAGCCCCGGCAUCCUCUCUGGGGAGAAGCAGCGCAUCAGCCGAGGGUAUGAUUUCUGCCAGGUCCUGCAGUGGUUUGCUGAGAGGGUUGACAGGAUCAUCCUGCUCUUUGACGCUCACAAACUAGACAUUUCAGACGAGUUCUCGGAGGCCAUCAAGGCCUUCCGGGGCCAGGACGACAAGAUCCGCGUGGUGCUGAACAAGGCCGACCAAGUGGACACACAGCAGCUGAUGCGGGUCUACGGGGCCCUCAUGUGGUCCCUGGGCAAGGUCAUCAACACGCCUGAGGUGCUGCGCGUCUACAUCGGCUCCUUCUGGGCACAGCCCCUGCAGAACACGGACAACCGCCGGCUCUUUGAGGCUGAGGCCCAGGACCUCUUCAGAGACAUCCAGAGCCUGCCCCAGAAGGCAGCAGUGCGCAAACUCAACGACCUCAUCAAGCGAGCCCGGCUGGCCAAGGUACAUGCCUACAUCAUCAGCCACCUGAAGAAGGAGAUGCCAAGUGUGUUUGGAAAGGAAAACAAGAAAAGAGAGCUUAUCAGCAGGUUACCAGAAAUCUACAUUCAGCUACAACGAGAAUACCAGAUUUCUGCAGGAGACUUCCCUGAAGUCAAGGCGAUGCAGGAACAGCUUGAGAACUACGACUUCACCAAAUUCCACUCGCUGAAGCCCAAGCUCAUUGAGGCCGUAGACAACAUGCUGAGCAGCAAGAUCUCGUCCCUAAUGAGCCUCAUCAGCCAGGAGGAGACCAGCAUGCCCACGCAGCUCGUGCAGGGCGGCGCCUUCGAGGGCACCUCCGAGGGCCCCUUCAACCAGGGCUAUGGGGAGGGCGCCAAGGAGGGCGCCGACGAGGAGGAGUGGGUCGUGGCCAAAGACAAGCCUGCCUAUGAUGAGCUCUUCUACACUCUGUCGCCCGUCAACGGCAAGAUAUCGGGCGUCAACGCCAAGAAGGAGAUGGUGACCUCCAAGCUGCCCAACAGUGUUCUGGGCAAGAUCUGGAAGCUGGCCGACUGUGACUGCGAUGGCAUGCUGGACGAGGAGGAGUUCGCACUGGCCAAGCACCUCAUCAAGAUCAAACUCGAUGGCUACGAGCUGCCCAACAGCCUGCCCCCCCACCUUGUGCCCCCCUCUCAUAGGAAGUCCCUGCCGAAGGCUGACUAAGGUGCUGGCCAAAGGACUGGGCAGGCCACGGCAGGGGAGUCAGGGGACCUGGGCCUGAGGCCUGCUCUGCCACUGACUCUUUGAAGGACCUUGAGCAAGGCACUGCCUGCUCUAUGCCUCAGUUUCCCCAUCUGUAGAAUGGGGAGGACAGACACUGGACUUUUCACCUAGAAAAGAUGAAGGUCUUUUCACCUUCAGAAUUCUCUGAGUUUCUAUUAAAAUGUUGGUAGGGAGUGCCAAGGAAGGAUAAGGAGAUUGAAGGGUUGCGAAGAAAGGAAAAUUGUCCAGAGAGUACUCGGCAGCCUGGAGAAACACAUGGAGAUGGGCUUGGUGGACUCCCAGGAACCUUGGGGGAGUGGACUGGGGCUUGCCAGGAGUAGCUGGGUCUUUGGGGCUCCCUGGGCUGCUUGUCAUCAUGAAUGACCUUCAGAGCACCUAUCUGUUCCUCAGCACCGGGAGGCAGCAAAGACUAUCUUAAUUUAUUUUGUUUUCUUCUAUAUUUAGAGUGGGGGAAAAAAAAAUAGAGCAGAGUUUCUGCUCUCUCCAGACUGUCUACCAAAGAGAAGAAGACCAAUGCUCCCGGGUUUGGGAGGAGAAUGCACUGUGUCUGAGCACCCCAUCCCUUCAGCAGGACCCAGCAGAGUGGGCAGCUGAGCCCCCGGGCCCCUCUCUCCCAGCACCCUGCUGACCAGAUCACCAGCCCUCCUAGGCCUUCCUUCUGCAGCCUUCCCAGUAAAGCUGUAUUUGAUUAGGAAUUUGGAACUCAACAACCAUUAUUAACCCCGGCAAGAUUUCCAGUUUGCAUUUCAAGUCAUGUUGCAGUCUGGAAGGAAAAGAGGUGGUUCUCCUCAGCGGCUCUGUCCCUCAACCAUUAAAUAUCCCCAAACCGCCUUGAUUGAAGACAGGAUUUAAAUUCAGUGAAAACCUGUCUUGCUGUGUGCAGUGUCCCAGGCCCUAGGGACACAGGUGAAUGAGAGACCAGCCUUGUCCUGGGCUGGUGAGUAGAAGAGAUCAGUCUGCCAAAGUUAGACGUUGUUUUUGUAAAAACAGGCAUUUAUUAUGUCCAGUGAUGUUUUUUCCCCUCUGCAGGAUAAAAACCUUUAUAUAGAAACAAAGUGGAAUCUUACAUAUAAAACCCUUUCCUUUAAGGAUUUGGGCACUUAAUACCUUUGUGUUGGCUCUGAGUGUUCUUUCCCCAAAUCCCCUGAGUAAACCUCCCUGGACCUCUUAUUCAGAUGCCCGUGUCAGAAGGUGAUUCAUUCUUACCACCACCCUCCUCACUCUGUGGGUACCAGCGGGGGAGGCAGGUGCCUUUCAACAUUAUUAUUUAUGCAAUAAAAGACACAAAAUAGCAAUGGGGCCCUGCUGGCACCAGAAAUGAAUGAAAUCAGAACAGUCCCACCGAACCUUCCAAAAACCAUAUAAUGGUUUUCUUGUCACCUGCCUCUGGUGACAUCAAGACCAGAGCUGAAGAUUUAAGAGCAAAUAUAUACGUAUUGAUAGAGGGGAAGCAUUUAUGUCCAGAUGCCAAUCCUCAUAUUCCCUAGCUUACUUUCUAAAUAGUUUUUAUUUUUUUAAUUUUUUUUUUUUUUUGAGACAGAGUCUCACCAUGUCACCCAAGGUGAGACUCUGUCUCAAUUCAUGCAUUACAGCUAACAGCAACCUCAAACUCCUGGGCUCAAGCUAAUCUCUUGCCUCACUCUCCGAAGUAGCUGGGACUACAGGUGCCUGCCACAAUGCCCGGCCAUUCUUUUUGUUGCAGUUGUCGUCGUUCAGCUGGCCCAGUCCAGGUUCGAACCUGCCACCUUCAGUGUAUGUGGCCAGCGCCAUAACCACUGUACUACAAGCGCCAAGACUACUUUUACUUUCUUUUUUUUUUUUUUGUAGAGACAGAGUCUCACUGUACCACCCUCAGGUAGAGUGCCAUGACGUCACACAGCUCACAGCAACCUCUAACUCUUGGGCUUAUGCAUGCGAUUCUCUUGCCUCAGCCUCCCAAGCAGCUGGGACUACAGGCGCCCACCACAACGCCCGGCUAUUUUAUUUUUUGUUGCAGUUUGGCCGGGGCUGGGUUUGAACCCGCCACCCUCAGCAUAUGGGGCCGGCGCCCUACUCACUGAGCCACAGGCACCGCCCUUACUUUCUAAAUAGUUUUAGGAGAAGUAAAUGCAUAACAUGACUUUCUUAGUCUCAUAAUGAGAACUUUUAAGUAAGCAAAAUACAUAGAAAAGAAACACUGUUAAUUCCAGUACUAUAAUGUGAGCAGACAGUUCUGUGAGCGCUGGAGGACUGCCCCUAGUCUGUGCACACAGCAGAGGCCACCAAAGGGUAAGUUGAGGAGGAGAGCGAGUUCAUUUGUCCAAAGACUUAGAGAUGCCAGUGAGGGCUGAUUUUCCAUUCAGAAUUUUCUUCUUUAACUCUGCUCAAUUGUCAUAUAUAAACAUACAUUUUUAUAAAUAUGUAUGUCAUGUGAGUAUUUUUAAAGUUUAUCAAUG